UUAGGUAGGGGGGGUAUUAUUGGAAUAAAAUAAAUAGAAAGUACACAGAAAAAGUACCAGAACCAGUCCCAUAUGUCCCUCAUUGAUUGGCUGUUGCUUGCAUAUAGUUGUUACUGUCAGUGCUGUUUGUCACUGUUUGCUGUGAGGCAACCUUGUGGAUGAAAUGCCAGUAAGUCCUGGUAGGAACGGAGCUGAGUGGGCCCAUCACAGGACAACAAACAAGCCCCCCCCCACCUCCGUCUGUGUUCACAGCAGAGGUUGCUCAAUCUCCGAUCUGACCAAUCAGACGCGUCCUGCUGAGUCACAGGUUCCAGCUUCAUAAUGAGCUGACUGCGGCGUCGGAGAAGCAUUCAGUGACCAAGUCUUGACACGGAGCGAACACGACGGCAAAGAAAAAGAUGGAGCGACUCAGCGUACUCGUCUGUCUCGGCCUGAUUUGUGUGGCUUCAACCCUGGCCCAGGUGCCCAUCCCCGGUGUGGCCCAAGUGGUCGACCCCAGAGGAGCCCGACCGGUGGAGCAAGGGACCAGAUCCGAAACUUGUGCCACGCAGAGGGAUUGGCCUUUCUGCUCAGACGAUGAAUGGGGCUCUAAAUGCCCGUCGGGCUGCAGGAUCCUGGGACUGAUCAAUAAAUACGACCACGGCGCGCUGAAGAAGAUCGAGAAGAUCCGAAGCCUCCUGGACCUGAACAAAGUCAAGCACCGCACCACCGAUCAGGUGUCCAAACAGACCUACGACUACCUGAAGGACAAACUCACCGUCGACUCUGAUAGUGAUAACAGCUACUACAACCUGGCCCAGACGCUGCGCCAGAGAAUCUCGGACAUGAAGAUCAAGAUCGACCGACAGCUGAGGACCCUGGCUGCCCUGAAGGAUCGAGUCAAAGACCAGGUUGUGGAGAUGCAGAGGCUGGAGGUGGAUAUCGACAUUAAGCUCCGUUCCUGCAAAGGAUCCUGCCAAGGCUACACCCAGUACCAGGUGGACCGGGAGAGCUACGUGACGCUGGAGAAACAGGUCAGCCAGCUGGACUCCCAGUCGGUUCAGAACAUCGAGUCGGUGGGGACGCUGUACGUGAUGAAGAGCAGGCCGCUGCAGGGCGUCAUCGUGGACAGCAUCUACAAGUCCAGCGGCACCACGACCGGAGAGCAGAAAGACAUGUUCCCCGAGGUGAGGGCGGUCCAGUUGGUCCUUGAACAGGAAGGCUCCAGCUCCUCCUCCCCGGCAACCAUCUCCAAGGUCCCAGGUACUUCCUUAUCGUCGUCUACAUCCUCAUCAUCUUCUUCCAUCUCCUCCGCUUCCUCCGCCUCCUCCUCCGGCACGUCCACUAAAUCCAUCACUGAAAUUGGAGGACGCGGCGACGGCGUCGAUUUCAUUGACACGGACUUCGGCCUGCCCAGCACGGGCCACGUUACCACCAAAACCGUCUCGUGCACCCGCAGCACCCGCAGGACCGUCGUCCACACCAAAACCGGCCCGGUGGAGAAGGUGGAGGAGGUGUUUGAGGGAGGCCCCGAGUGCUCGGCCAUGUCGGACCCCACCAAGGGAGGGAUGGGCGCCCUCUUCCCCAGCCUCAGCCACGCAUCCUCCUCUUCCUCGUCCUCUUCGUCCUCUUCUGUGACCAAGACCGUCCACACCGGUGGCACCAAGGGAAGCCUCUUGGAUACCAAAACCGACUUCGGGAAUCCAUUCGAUACGGGGUUCGACAUGGGCUUGUUUGACACGGGCGCCACAGAGGAUGACCUUCCUGAUAUCCACGCCCGGAGUGUGAAGAGUGUUGUUACCGAGCGCCGGGCCGAUUAUGUAGGAAAAGAUUGUGUCGAGGCCCACCGGAACCACCUGAAAGGGGAAACGAACGGCCUCUUUAAGAUCAAACCCGGCGGCGGCGACUCGGCACAGGUAGCGGAGGUUUACUGCCAGCAGGAGGGGCUAAUGGGCGGGUGGUUGUUAGCGCAGCAGAGAGAGAGCGGUGCGCUCGGCUUCAACCGCACCUGGGCCGAAUACCGCGACGGCUUCGGCUCGGUCGACGCGAACGGCAACGGGGAGUUCUGGCUGGGCAACCAGAACCUCCACCUGCUGACCAGUCAGGCGGAGAGCAUGCUGAAGGUGGAGCUGGAGGAUUGGGAAGGGGGCGUGGCCAGCGCCGAGUACACAGUCAGGGUAGGCGCGGAGACGGAGGGGUACCCGCUGCACGUGUCCGGGUACACCGGGGACGCCGGGGACGCGCUGGCGACGCCGGCGUCCGACGCGCCGUCUCACCCGUCCCACAACGGGAUGAAAUUCAGCACCUUUGACAAAGACAACGACGUCUGGGAGGAGAGUUGCGCGGAGAGGUACGGCGGCGGCUGGUGGUACAACAAAUGCCAGACGGCUAACUUGAACGGGGUUUAUUAUAAAGGCGCGUACGACCCGGAGAAAAACAAGCCGUACGAGAUUGAAAACGGAGUCGUGUGGGUGACGUAUAAACCGGCCAAUUACAGCCUGAAAACCGUUAGGAUGUUCAUCCGACCGGCUGCUUUUUAAUUGGACGAAAGACGCAGAACCAUUGAGGUUGGGGAUGAAGUCGAUAACACCAUAGCAUCUCGAAAUUUGCCGUGGCAAUACUGUAUCGAUACGCCGAGCUUCUAUUAGUUCAACGUAGAACGUGAGAAUUUUUUUUUAUUUUACAGCAUUCUCAUCAGCAUAUCUCAUUUCGGUUCCACUUGAUGUGUCUACUGAAAUGUUUACCCCUCUGUCGCUCCGAAAACGGACGUAAAAAUAUCACAUUUCUGUGUAGUCUACCGUUAGCUAGCUACCGUAAAUGUAGGCUACUUUUAAAAGGCCAUAUUUUCCCCUCUGGGCUCAGCAAACGGACGUAAAAGCCUUUAUUUGAUGUCAUUUUUCAGUUUUUCAAGAAUCGGUUUAGGAAUUGGAAUCGUUUUAAAUGUAUCGGUUCGGAAUCGUAAAAAUCCAAACGGUACCCAACUCUAAUCGUGACACAAGUAUCGUUUAUAAUACCGUAUCGUCUCGUGGCGCGCCCCCACCCCUGCAAAAUAUACACAUUCAUCCACUUUUAUGUGUUUAAACCCAAAGAAACAACAAGGCCCAAAGCAACAAGUCCUAGAGACGCAAGCGCACUCUGAGGCUGCAGGUAAAUAUUUGAGGCCAAAAACCAAAGUUGCUUUCAGACCUUCAGACUGUUCCGAUCGGUUUGUGAGUCAUUCUGACAUUUCCAAAUCAUUUCAAACAGUGUGUGUUUGAGUUGACUCUU